UCUUAACCUCAAAACAUUUCUAUUUUCCUCUACAUUCAAUUUUACUAUAUAUUAAUUGAGCUGCAAUUAAAGAUAUAAACAUGUUGCAAAAUAGUAGCUUAAAGCUAAGAAAUUUGCUGGAAAUUCAUCGAAAUGUACUCUUUGCAUUUAGAAGCAGUUCCUCCCAAAUUGACAUAGAACAAUUAGAAAGUGACCAGGGUAAAAUAGAAGUAAUUGAUGAAUCAAGCCGAAGGGAAGAAUUAGAACUGAAAAGAAAUAAAUCCCGUUUAAAAGAGCAUGACUACCGAAAACUACAUGAACAAGAUCCUUACCCUGAGCCGACUUUCUGGUACCAUGGUACCUUAAAACAUGUGAGACGCACCUACGGUCGAUAUGGCUCUGCUUCAGGGAUGGAUCCAGCGUUAUGUUGGCCUGUAAAAGAGGAAUUAGAAGAAGCCAAAGAAUAUGAAAGUGUUAAGUAUCCAUUUACUGUUAAGCAAUUAAUUGAACAAGCAAAGAAAAAUAGAGAGGAGAAAGAGAAGAGUGUGUUGAAGAGGCAAGAGGAAAUUUGCCAGAAAAUGCUAAAACUAGAGCAGUGGAAAAAAGAGCUACAUGCCAAGAUUGAAAAACGAAGUGCAGAAGCAACAGCUGCAAGGGAAAGAAGAGAACGUCUAAUCGAAGAAGUAAGGAGACACUUUGGGUACAACGUUGAUCCAAAAGAUGCUCGCUUCCAAGAAUUAUUAGAAAAGAGAGAAAAGGAAGAAAAGAAGGCAAUGAAACAAGCAAGGAAAAAAGCCCAUGACGAAAAAAUAGUUAAGAGGAUCUUGGAUAAACAUGGAAAAGCUCAGCUGCCGGCAGAAAAUAUAUCAGAGGAUCCUAAAAAUGAAAAUAUUGAAAAAGAAUAAUAUUUAAAGUAGUGUUAAUGUUGUAAAAUGAAAAUGUAAUUAGAAAUGAAUUAAAGUUUUUUUUUAAACCUA